CGCCGCGCUCCCGCCCGCAGCCGCCGCCGCUCGCAGCCGGCAUGGGCCCCCGCGGAGCCCGGCGCGCCGCCGGCUGCCUGCUGCUCUGCUGGGCUCUGGCCGCCGCCCGCGCCGCCCCGCGCAGGACGCCCUCGUUCGAAGGGCAUGUCGCGGAGAACCGGCCGGCGGGCACGCGGGUGCGCGGGCUCAGCAUCCCCCUGACGCGGCUGGGGCCCGAGCCCUGGUGCGCCAAGGUGCAGGGGCGCCGCUGGCACCUGCAGCUGCUGGGCGAGGGACACUCGCACUUCCAGGUGUCGCUGGACGCGCGCACGGCCCGCGUGUGGCUGCGCACCCGCCGCCCGCUGGACCGCGAGGCGCGGGCGCUGUACUCGCUCCGCCUGGGGCUGUGCUGCAAGCGCUGCGCGCCCCGGGGCGCCGCGCCCGCGGAGCUGGCCGCGCUCACCGUGCGCGUCUUGGACGACAACGACAACGCGCCGCGCUUCGUGGGGCCCGGCUCCGCGCAGCUCCGCGUGGAGGAGACGCUGGCGCUCAAGUCCCAGGUGUGGCAGGCGCGGGCCGAGGACGCGGACGCGGGCGCCAACGCGGAGCUGCGCUACUUCGCCCUUCCGCGCAGCGCGCACUUCUUCGUGGUGCCGCGCAGCGGACGCGUGGUGCUGGUGAGCUCCCUGCUCCACCUGCGCGCUCCCAUCCCGCUGCGCCUCUACGCGCGGGACCGCGGCCGGCCCGCGCUGCUCAGCGAGCCCCUGGAGCUGGAGGUGCUGCCGCAGCCCAAGCGCCUCCCGCCGCCGCCGCCCCGCCGCCGCCGGGCCGCGCUGCCGCCCGCCGCGCCCCUGGCGCUGGCCCUGCCCGAGGACGCCCGCCCGGGCACCCGCCUGGCCGCCCUGGCCCCGGCGCGCUUCGCCUCCGCGUGGUUCGAGCUGCUGUCGCCGCCCGUCGAGGAGUCGCCGGUGAGCGUGGAGCGAGAGAGCGGCGAGGUGACGCUGCGCGCGGCCCUGGACAGGGAGGCGGUGGCCGCCUGGGAGCUCGUCAUCCGCGUCCAGGAGCGCCGAGGGAAGGACUGGUACCUGGUGCAUGUGUCCCUUACUGUGACAGACGUGAAUGACAACGUCCCUGAGUGGGCCAUGGAGCCCUUCCCCUUCCUGGCUGUGGUUUCCCCUGAGGCUGCAGGAGGGACUGAAGUGUACAAGCUGCUUGCUGUGGAUGCAGAUGAAGGGAUCCAUGGAACUGUAGAAUAUUUUCUCUUGGAAGGCGGUGAAGACAGAUUUGAAGUUGAGAAGGACACUGGCUGGAUUAAAACAACAGGUUUGCCAUUGGUGAGGGACAAGGAGUAUUUGCUGACUGUACUAGCAGCAGAUAAACUUGGAAGCAGAGGGUCCCCAGCCUCUGUUUCUGUAAUUGCUGGAUUUCGGCCACCACAGUUCACCAACAUCUCAUACUUUGUGUAUGUUCCUGAGAGCACCCCGCAAGGAGAACCCUUUCUUACAGUCACUGCUGUGUCAUAUCAAAAGAAAUCCCUGAGCUACAGUUUGCUCACUAAUCCUGGGGGUCUGUUCAGCAUUGAUCGGGCAACAGGAGAGCUCAGUCUAACUCGGAGAGUGGAUUAUGAAGGAGACCCCCACCAGUUCCUCCUUUUGGUCAGGGCAGAGGAGAGUGAAGAGCAGUUCAGCACUGCUGCUGAGGUUUUGGUUGUAAUCACAGAUGUGAAUGAUUGUGCCCCCGAAUUUCAUCAGUCAAUUUACAGCAAAGUUGGUGUUCCUGAAACAGUUCCUAUGACAACUGCACUUCUCCAAGUGACAGCCACUGACUGUGAUUCCAAGGAGAAUGCCCAGUUGCUGUAUUACACUCUGAGCCAAGAUUUCAGCAUUACUUCUCAUGGCACUAUUUUUCCAGCCACACGGUUGGACUAUGAGCGCCCUAACCACCUCUAUGAGUUCAUCAUUAUGGCUGUGGAUCAAGGGGAAGAGCCCAGGACUGGCACAGCAACUGUUAGGAUCCAUGUCUCCAAUGUGAAUGAUGAAGCACCUGAGUUUUCUCAGACUAUCUACAGGAGCUUUGUUUCUGAAGAUGCAGGCCCAAACACACUGAUUGCCACAGUUAAUGCUGUUGAUCCUGAUGGAGAUGGUGUGACAUAUGAUAUUCUGUCUGGGAAUGAGAGAGGGAACUUUGUUAUCGACCCUAAGAAAGGGCUAGUUAGACUUCGUGCAAGUCCAUUUCCUGAGCUGCAGGGGACAGAAUAUGUUCUGAAUGUCACAGCUACUGAUGAUAAUGCCUCUGGAGGGCCCCAUCCUCUCACAAGUACUGCCCAGGUUGUUGUGAAAAUUGAUGAUGUCAACAAUAACAAACCUGUCUUUCAGAAGUGCCAGUAUUAUCGGGAACAUGCUUCUGUCCUGGAAAAUCAGCCUUCAGGGACUGUUGUUCUGCAGGUUGAAGCCACUGAUGCUGAUGAAGGGGCCAAUGGAAUAGUGAAAUAUGGCUUGAUGCACAGAGAUGGUGUCCUACCAGCAUUUAGCAUUCACCCUGACACAGGAGUGCUGACAACUGUUCAGGUAUUUGAUCGAGAAAAGCAGAGGGAAUAUCCCAUCACUGUGACAGCAACAGAUCAGGCAGCGGAGCCACUCAUUGGAAUAUGUCAGAUCAAUAUUGUCAUCCUGGACCAAAAUGACAAUGACCCCAGAUUUGAAAACACCCGCUAUGAAUAUUUCCUUAGAGAGGACACCAGAGUUGGGACCAGCUUCCUGCGUGUUGCAGCCCGUGAUGAUGACUACAGCUCAAAUGCUGCCAUUACAUAUUCCAUGGCAAGUGAUGAACCAAAUUAUUUCCAGAUUAAUCCUACCACAGGCUGGGUGUUUGUGAACCAACCCAUAUCUCAGAAGUCAUCUAUAAUUCGAGAGAUUAUUGCUACAGAUGGAGGCAACAGGAGCAGUAAAGUUGAACUUGCUGUAACUGUAACCAGUGCAAAAAACCAGCCUCCACAGUGGGAAAAAGACAGCUAUGAAGUUGUUAUUCCAGAGAACGUGACACGGGACGCCUCAAUUUUGACAAUCAAAGCAACUUCUCCCCUUGGAGAUCCUCGUGUCACUUACAACCUGGAAGAGGGGCUUGUCCCAGAGACCAACAUGCCAGUGCGUUUCUACCUGACUCCAAACAGACAUGAUGGCUCUGCAUCAAUCCUGGUAGCUGAGCCCCUGGAUUAUGAAACAACAAAAAGCUUUCAGCUGCGGGUGCGAGCACAGAACGUGGCUGCCGUUCCUCUGGCAGCGUUCACCACGGUCCAUGUUAAUGUCACAGAUGUCAAUGACAAUGUCCCAUUCUUCACUUCAUCCAUUUAUGAAGCCUCAGUAACAGAGGGAGCUGAUGUGGGGACAUUUGUCACUCAGGUGUCUGCCACCGACCUCGACCUUGGUCAGCAUGGUGAGAUAACUUACUUCCUGUUACAUGACAGUGGCAGAGACUACACCUGUUUUCGCUUGGACCCCCAGACAGGCUCCAUUUACACCACCUCAGUGUUUGACAGAGAGGAGAAGAGCUCCUACCUUCUGGAAGUCAAGUCAGUGGAUGGCUCUGAAUCAGCUCGACCUGGAAAGCAUGGGAAGCCAAACUCUGACACAGCGUACGUGCGCGUGUCCGUCAGCGACGUGAACGACAACCAGCCCGUCUUCGCCCAGAGCGUCUACGAGGUGAGCGUGGACGAGGACCAGGAUGUGGGAUCCACCAUCCUUACAGUCAGUGCUAGCGAUGAGGAUGAAGGAACAAAUGCUAAACUACGAUACCAGAUCACAGCUGGAAACACAGGAGGGGUGCUGGAUGUAGAUCCAGAAACUGGAGCCGUUGUCAUUGCCCAACCACUGGACUAUGAAGAAACAAAAAUGUACGAGAUCCACUUGUUGGCCUCUGAUGGGAAAUGGGAGGAUUAUGCAGUUGUCAUCAUCAACAUCAUGAAUAAAAAUGAUGAGGCUCCAGUUUUUUCUAUCAAUGAAUACUAUGGAAGUAUAAUUGAGGAACUGGAUUCGUUGCCAGUCUUCGUUCUUCAGGUUAUGGCCAGUGAUCCUGAUAGUGGUGUUGAUGGAGGAGAUUUGAGAUAUUCCUUGCAUGGGUAUGGUGCAGGUGACAUUUUCACAAUAGAUGAGAAAACAGGCAGCAUUUACUCCCACAAGAGGCUGGACCGGGAAGAGAGAGCCCUGUGGAGAUUCAUUGUGUUGGCCACUGAUGAAGGUGGAGGGGGACUUACAGGGUUUGCUGAUGUGAUCAUCAACGUAUGGGAUAUAAAUGACAAUGCACCCACGUUCACGUGCAUGCCUGAUGACUGCAAUGGGAAUGUCUUUGAAAACUCUCCUGCAGACACCUUAGUCAUGGAAAUGGCUGCAGUGGAUCGUGAUGACCCAAACGUUGGUGUGAAUGCUGUUCUGACGUACAGGAUAACAGAGAACGUGAAGAACGAGUUUGGUACUGACAUGUUCAAUAUCAAUCCCAGUACUGGGACCAUCCACGUGGCAGGGGGACUGCUAGACAGGGAGAGGACUGAAAGUUACUUGCUUACUGUUGAAGCAAGAGAUGGGGGAGGGCUAACAGGAACUGGCACUGCCACUGUCUGGGUUGCAGAUGUCAAUGAUAACGUUCCCAAGUUCACAAAGAAGCUGUGGCAGGCUGCAAUUCCUGAGAACAGUGCCAUCGACUCAGAAGUCCUGCAGGUGUGUGCUACAGAUGCAGACGUUGGGGAAAAUGCAGACUUAAUGUUCAGUAUCAUCGGGGGAGACCCAGAUGAGAAGUUUUAUAUUGAGAAUGACAAAGAAUGGCAGUGUGGCACUGUUCGACUGAAAAAAAAGUUGGAUUUUGAGAAUGCCCGUGAGAGACAGUUUAAUCUUACUGUUACUGUGGAAGAUCUGGAUUUUUCUAGUGUUGCAGUGUGCCUGAUUGAAGUUGAAGACUCAAAUGACCACAGCCCAGCUUUCCUUUCUCAGUUUAUUCAGACAAACCCCGUAUUUGAAGAUGUGCCUGUGGGUACUACAGUAACCACAGUGAGGGCUACAGACAAGGACUCUGAUUUGAAUGGGAAGAUUAUCUAUUCUAUAAAGUCAGAUUCAGACCCUUUGAGGCAGUUUGUGGUUGACCAGUUUGGUCACGUGGUUGUGGCAAGUGCACUUGAUCAUGAAGCCAUUCAGAAAUACGCUUUAAUUGUUCAAGCUGCAGAUCAGGGGACGCCUGCCCGCACUGGAAGUGUUACAGUUUUAAUUAACUUGCUUGAUAUUAAUGACAAUGGACCAAGGUUUGAAUCACCAUACAUGCCUGUAGUUUGGGAAAAUACAUUGAAGCCUGAGAUAGUGCACAUGAACCAUACCUCAAAGUUGCUUCAUGCGUUUGAUCCGGACACUGAGGAAAACGGGCCACCCUUUACCUUUUCAUUGCCACCAGAAUAUCAGAAUUCUGCAGAUUUUUCUCUUACUGACAACAGAAAUAACACAGCAACAAUAACAGCUUUGAGGUCCUUUGACAGAGAAAAGCAGAAGGUGUUUCACCUACCAAUAGUUAUAACAGAUAGUGGGAUUCCAGCUAUGAGCUCCACAACCACCCUGACUAUAACAGUUGGUGAUGAGAAUGACAACUGCCAUGAGGCCGGCCACAAAGAGGUCUAUGUGUACAGCUACAAAGGAAAAUGGUCAACAACAGUGCUUGGGGAAGUGUUUGCACCAGAUCAGGAUGACUGGGACAAUAAAACAUUUCUCUCUGAAGGAAAACUGCUCAAGUCUUUCAGAUUAAAUCAGAGGACUGGGUCUUUGCUGAUGAUGGAUAACACUCCUCAGGGAAUAUACAACUUAAGAGUUAGAGUUUCUGAUGGAGUUUGUCCUGAUGUUAUAUCUACAGUACAAAUCCAUGUCAGAGACCUGGAAAAUGAAGCCAUACAAAACUCAGCCACUGUGCGUUUCUCAGGCAUCACAGCAGAGGAGUUCAUAAGGAGAGAUGAACAUGGCAAAACAAGACAUGGCGAGUUCAAGGAGUUCCUUGCGAAGCUGUUACCUGCAAAACUGAGUGAUGUGAUUGUCUUCAGUGUGAUGGGCAGGGAUGGAAAAGAGACAGAUGUGAGAUUUGCAGUCCAUGAUGGCUCGGUCUAUUACAGACCUGAGAAACUGCAUGCGGAGAUGGCAGCAUUCAAAACUGAGAUGCAGUCAGCUCUGCUACUGAACAUUUCCCAGAUCGAUGUUGACGAGUGCAGGAGUGCCAACUGCAGUGAGGGCUGCACAAACCACCUCAGUGUGAGCGACGUCCCCACAGUGAUGGACACCGGCAGCGUGUCCUUCGUGUCCCUGAGCACCUCCAGCCACGGGCUGUGCGCCUGCUCUGCCCGCGAGCGCCUGCACCAGCCCUGCUCCUCGUACGCCCGGAGCCCCUGCCUCAACGGGGGCCUUUGUGUGGACACUCUGAACGGCUACAGAUGUCUUUGUCCUGCUUCCUUUCAUGGACCAGACUGCCAGCAGACUAAGCACAGUUUCCAUGGAAAUGGUUAUGCAUGGUUUCGUCCCAUCAGACUUUGUUUUGAAAGCUCACUCUCUCUAGAGUUUAUUACUGUGGUUCCAGAUGGACUUUUACUGUAUAGUGGCCCUUUAUCAAAUCCAGAACCUGGGAGCACAGAAAACUUCAUUGCAAUAGAACUCGCUAAUGGUGUUCCUGUGCUGAAGAUGAGCCAUGGCUCAGGUUCUGUGGUGCUGCAGUUUCCAAGUCACCUGAAUGUAGCAGACAAGAAGUGGCAUCGACUGGAAGUCAGAACCAAUGGUCAGGCUGUCCGCUUCACUCUGGAUCGGUGCAGCGCCGCCGUGCUCUCCGAGAUCGAAGGCGUUGGCCGCUGGCUGUCCACCGAAGAUCGCACCGACUGUGAAGUCUUGGGCUCUGUUCCACGGAGAGCGAGGUAUUUGAAUGUGAACCAUGUUCUCCAGCUGGGUGGUGUGAAGGAGUCGUUACCAUAUUCCUACCCACAACUGCAACACAAACAUUUUUCUGGUUGCUUGCGCAAUUUCAUCCUGGAUACUCAGGUAUACGACCUUCAGUCUCCUGCAGAGUCCCUGAACAGCUUCCCUGGCUGCACCCUGACGGAUGGGAGCUGUGAGACCAUGGGAUCUUCCUCCUGUGGUACCCAUGGGAGGUGCCUUGGGGACUGGGGCUCGUUUGCGUGUCACUGUUUGCCAGGCUACCACGGCUAUCGAUGUGACAAAGUGGCCAAGGAGUACAGGUUUGAGGCAGGCAGCCACAUCCGCUACCAGCUGCCGGUCAGCGUGUCUGCGCGCAGGACGCUGCUGCAGGCCCUGGUGCGCACGCGGCAGCCCGACGGCGUCAUCGCCACCGUGCUGUCCCGGGCCAGGGACGAGCACAUCACCCUGCAGGUUGUUCAGGGAUUCUUAGUGGUCUCAUACAAUCUGGGUGAUGGAAACUACUCUGUAAGCCUUCCCUCCUACCACAUUGAUAAUGGUGAAUGGCAUCACAUCACACUGGAGAGAAAUGAAAAUGAAUUUACUCUUCGCCUUUAUGAAGGAGGUGGCAAGAGAGAGAUUACUAAAGCACCAGGAAUAUACAAAGAGAUUGUCAUUGACCCCAGCAGCUUGGUCCUUGGAAACACCUACCCAUUCAAUCAAAAUAGGAGUUUUCAAGGAUGUAUGAAGGAUGUCAGAUUUAACAACUACAGAAUCCCGCUGGACACUCAUGGGAAGGAGCUGGUGUCAGUACUGAGUGCCCAAGGCAUCAAAGAAGGCUGUUCUUCGGAGGCCUGUAGGAAUAACCCUUGCAACCAGGAAUUUAUUUGUAUUGAUUUGUGGAUGAUGCAUGAAUGCAGCUGCCCUGCAGGACACAUGAUCCUGGAGAACGCCUCCGGCCGGCAGUGCGUGUACACGGCGUGCGCCGAGCAGCCCUGCAACUACGGCACCUGCGUGUCCCUGUCCCCCAGCAGCUUCCAGUGCCACUGCCCCGAUGGCUACACCGGGCGCCACUGCGAGAUCACCCUGGCCAUCUUCCACAAGGACACGGGCCUCAGCUUCACCUCCCUCUUCGCCAUCUGCGUCUGCUUCCUGGCCCUCCUAGCUCUGCUCAGCGCCGCCUUCCUCUGGGCUCACUGGAAGACGCGCAAGGGUCUGCAUGGAGGCGUCUACCACGGAUCUGCUCAUCCUGAGGAUCUGGAGGACAUCAGGGAAAACAUCCUCAACUACAACGAAGAAGGGGGUGGGGAGCAAGAUGAAGACGCCUACAACAUGGCGGAGCUGCAGGUGUCCAUGCAAGGCAGCCCGGCCUACUCGCGGCACAGGAGGAAGGAGCUCCCGGGCGGGCGGCAGGGCGCCGUGCGGGCGGGCGGCGCGGCGCUGGGCCGGGCGCUGCCCGCGCUGCUGAGGGAGGCCGAGCGCCGCGCCCCGGGCCCGCCGCAGGACUCGCUGCGCGUCUUCUGCACCGAGGGCGCCGGCUCCAGCGCCGGCAGCCUCAGCUCCCUCAGCUCCCUCGGCUCGGCGGGGCUGGGCGGCGGCUGCGCCUGCGAGGACAUCCGCGAGUGGGGACCCAAGUUCGAGAAACUGAGGGAGCUGUACUCGCACAGAGAGGCAGGAGACCUGUAGCUCCCCGAGGCUGCUCUUUGCGGUUCUGGAGGCAAAGGUGAGGCACGCAUUUUUACACUCCUGCUCUGUAGUAGCCCCACCCGGCCUUUCCUCCUUGUUGCAACAGGGAUUCAGAUUCCCACUAAGGAGGCACAUUGGGCGGCAAAGGUGGGUAGGAGCUCACCUUGGGACAUACUGGACAUCUGCAUUUUGGUGUAUAAACCUACUGGGAGGAAUAAAGAGAGAAUCUGGGGUAUGCAGUCAUUCCCAUACUGUGGUUAAGAAGUACAGGUCAUUUUUAUCACUGCAGUAAUGCAGGACUCCUGAGGGAUUCAGCGCACACGGCCUGAGGUGUGCUGGAGCUGAGGGAAGCAUGCUGGAUGUGCUGUUUCUGGUGCUUUGACAGUUAUUUGAAGAAAAAAACACCUUGUCUUUUUCUCAUAUAAUGAAGUCCAUGGUGUAUUAUAUCCCUUGUUUGCCACAGUGCCCAGUGACAGCCUUGCUCACUGAUCACAGUGCAGGUGCCAGUCCAGGGGCGCAGGAGAGGGAAAGAAGCAGAAGGAUGCUUCACUUACACGGUGAUGAAAUCCCUUUAUGCUGCCAUACAAGGGCAGAAACUGCAUUUAGGCAUAACACAUGAACCCAGCUGCUUACAACUACUUAAUUUUCCUCAGGAAAAGGCCAGGUGUGCUGGCUGCAUGCCUCAAAGGGGCUGGUCAGGAAUUUCGGUAGCAAACACCACAGUUCAUCACAAUCCUUCAUUCCUAAUGAGCUGCUAAACUGAGCCUAAACCAGCCCGAACUGUGCCAUUUGCAUCUACAACUGUGUUACUCAUGUUUUGUUAAAUCUCCUUGGAUAGAAUAAUUGCAGGACAUAUCUGGGGACAGACAAACACAGGGGAAAAACUUAACAGCAGUAGCAGGGGGGUGGAAUAGUAUGCUCUAAAUUAAUCAGUCCCUUUUUGAAACCACUUAAUGUCCAGCUACUAUGCUGGAUUUUUCUUAAACUUGACAGUAUUUGGAAGAGAAAAGGUGUCACUAAAUUAAUUUUGAUUUUUUUUUUAAAAUUGAGACCAUUUGUACAGAUAAAUGGAGUACAAUGCAGCAAACCCUAAAUCUUAAGCUGUGCUGUUUCUUCUAUGUAUCAUAUGUAAAUGAUAUCUAUUAUAAUAUGUAAACUAUAUGUAAUAUGUACAUUACAUAUUAUGAGCUAAUAAUAUGAAUAUAUCCUAGUUUCUAAUAAUGUUUCAUUAAAACAAAGCAUGAAACAAUGUAUUGUAACAGACACUGAAACUGCUUUGCUCAGUAGCUUGUUUUGGGAGGUCUGGCUUUUAUUUUUAUCCAUCUGGUAAAACCCUAAAGUCGGUGAAUGCUGUCUGCAGGCCAGCUCAGUUUGCACGUUUGCCAAAUGAGAGAUGUUCACACAGUCCCUUGUUCUCAUGUGCACUUGUGCCACUCUCUGGAAGAUCCUGAGGGCACCAUUAAGCACUGUUACACACUGCAGGUGGUGGGCAUUGUCCACUGGAAACCCUAAAUCCAGUUUUCACUCACACCCAAUGGUUUUGGUUCACAGACAGUACAGUCUCUGUGAUUUUGUAAUUUUACUGACACAUUUAUUUGCUGGGAGGAAACCUUGGCUGAAAUAUCUUGUGGUGUUCACCAGUCCAGUGUGCCAGCUCCUGUAUUCCAUCAUCUCAGCAGUCCCAAACAGGGUAUGGAAAAUGAACUAAAUAUAUAUAAUGCACAAAAAUCUGUUCCUUCCUGAAACAGCAAUAAUUUUGUCUACACACCUUGUGUUCUUCCCAUACCUGUGGACAUGCUGGUGCUUUGGCUGGUUUUAAUUUAAUUUAGCCUGUAAGCUCCUUGGGGCCAACACUGUCUUUAUUUGCCUGUGAAGUGUCCUGCCUAUCUCAGGCACCAUAUAAAUAAUAAACCAGCCUUCUGUCCCGGGUGUCUGCCUUGUUUGUGUUUAAGGAUGACUGAAGGGUGCACUCUGUUGAAUUAUUUCUCUCUCAGUUGUGAUCAGAUGCUUCCACAGAUGUGAGUCAUGAGUGCUGUGCUGCCUGAAAAGCUUCUGCUGGUGGGCUCAGGAUCCAGUUACCCACCCAAAAAACACUUUGGGUUUCCCCAGGGGAACAAGACCUCAUCAAAGCUCUUCCUCCAUCCCUGAGGAACUGGCCGCUGGGGUGCAGUGGUGCCCAGGAACCCUAAAGGUGCACACGGAGCAGCCACAGAGCUGCUGCUGUGCAGAUGUCUCAGUGCUGUUCCAAUGUUGCUGCCCUGCUGCUGCUUCCUUCCCCGUUCCAGCUGUGGCCCUACUCUGUAACCAAACAUGGAAACACCCCCAGAGCCUGGGAGCUGCCUGCACGACAGUGAGCCCCACCCUGUACAGAACAUAAGGGACUAAAACAAAAGGGCAGGAGACAUUUCCAAACUCCUCCAGGAGCUUGUGUCGAUACAAUCUCAGUAAUAGGACACACUCAUUUGCAGCUGUCAUGCCCUAUUAAAGCCUACUCUUCCUCUUUCCAGAGAUAACUAAUUAGUUCACUUAAUUUAUCUGUUUUAAUUUGCAUGCUGCUCUUUUAAUUACUGUGCAGUUGCUGAAAUCAUACCCUCGCUUGUUCUGCAUUUGCACAGGCACACACAACUAUUUCAGUGCCUCUGCAGAAAGGCUUAUCCCAGCACUGCCAUGGCUCCCAGGGAGAACAGCUGGCUCUCCACAGAAAGCUUUGGGUCGGGGGGAGGGAAAAAUAUUGAAUAAAAACCCCACUGGGUCCCUAGGUAGUGGGAUUUGAGUAAUCUAGUACUUUCAUUAAUCUUCUUCCAUGUUCCUUACAGACUUUAAACAUAUAGUAAGAACAUUUUAUUUAGCAUAAAAUGUUUGUAAAGGUCUGAAAUUUAAAUAAUCGUGGAUAUUAGUAUUUAAUCUGGCUGCCUGUCAACUACAUUAAUCUUUGUGGUCUUCCCGUGUUAAAAUAACAUUCCAAGAACAUAACAUCGAGCCAAACCAUAGGAAAGCUGAUUGUCCUUAGGUCUGACCUACUGACUAGCAGGUUUAGGAGGGAAAGCAGGGCUGUAAAGAAGCAGGAUUAGGUGGGCAGAAGAAAGUUGAGCAUUUUCUUAAUUACAAGAAUACUAAAACCCAUGGCCAUCUCCUGGGGAUUUAAAGGAGGAGGUUCCCUGGAGCACAGAAUCCCCUCUCGUGUGGCUCACAUCCCAUCAAUUACAUUAAUCUCUAAUUAAUGCUGGUGACAAACUCCCCCCAGCCCCCUUUAGACCAGUCCUACACAUGGGCAGUUUUAUCUCCAGCUUUGCACAUCCUGCAGUUCUUGCCACAAGAGUCACAUCAGGACAUCCUACUGCACAUAGAGCCCUUGAAAUGUGCUUCUCGACUCCCAAAGAAUGCACCUUUCUGUUCCUUAAAAAUACUAAACUUGAGCUACAGUGUGGAAACAAGCAGGUCCCUGGUGGUCAAAGCAUUUAAUAGAUGAUUUUAUAUUGAUACAAUACACAUAAUAAAGAAAUAAUAUUUAUUUAAAUGCA